CUGAUACCUGCACAGCUCUUGGUACAAGGCAGUGCAGAAGAGCAUAGUAAGUUAAUAAACCAUAAGCAAUUCAGAAACAUCUAGGACAGAGACUCUGGCACUGGAGAAUCAUAUGUCUGUGCUGAGCAUCUAGUAAAUUGUUUACUUGCAGGACUGAUGAGAGGCGUGCAGAUGAACCUCUGAAACAACUACUUGGCAGGUUCAGGAUCUUGACCUGAAUGAAUGCAUAUAUUGAAGACAUCAUAUCGGCUACUUUGAAACAAAUUAUGACAUCGACAUCUAAAGGAAUUUUCCGGCCAUUUUUGAUUAUCUUCAUUGUCCUUGGUUGUUUCAUGGCAUUUUUACUUAUUUAUAUCAAACCAACAAACAGCUGGAUCUCUGGUCCUAUAGAAUCAGCCAGCUCAGUUUUGAAAAUGAAGAACUUCUUUUCUUCCAAAACUGAUAAUUUUAAUGAAACAACUAUUUUGAUCUGGGUUUGGCCGUUCGGUCAGACAUUUGAUCUAACCUCCUGCCAAGCGAUGUUCAACAUUCAUGGGUGCCAUCUGACUAUUGACCGUUCACUAUACAACAGAUCCCACGCCGUUCUCAUUCACCACAGGGACAUCAGCUGGGAUCUAACUAACUUACCUCAGCAAGCCAGGCCACCAUUCCAGAAAUGGAUUUGGAUGAAUUUGGAGUCUCCCACUCAUACUCCACAAAAAAGUGGCAUUGAACAUCUCUUUAACCUGACCCUGACUUAUCGGCGUGAUUCAGAUAUUCAGGUGCCUUAUGGCUUCAUGAUGGUUGGUACAAGUUCCUUUACACUUGAAGUGCCAAGUAAAGAAAACUUGGUGUGUUGGGUUGUAAGUAACUGGAACCCUGAACAUGCUCGAGUCAAGUAUUACAAUGAGCUUAGCAAAUAUAUUGAAAUCCAUACCUACGGACAAGCCUUUGGAGACUAUGUCAAUGAUAAAAACUUGAUUCCAACUAUCUCCACUUGUAAAUUCUACCUUUCAUUUGAAAAUUCAAUUCACAAAGAUUACAUUACUGAAAAACUUUACAAUGCUCUUCUGGCUGGAUCAGUACCAGUUGUACUGGGCCCUUCCAGAGAAAACUAUGAGAAUUACAUUCCAGCAGACUCUUUCAUACAUGUUGAAGAUUUCCUCUCCCCAAGAGAGCUGGCAGAAUAUCUUCUGAUGCUUGACAAAAAUAACAAGAUGUACCUUAGCUAUUUCAACUGGAAGAAGGAUUUCUCCGUGCAUCUUCCUAGGUUCUGGGAAUCACACGCAUGUCUUGCUUGUGAUCAUGUGAAAAGACAUCAAGAAUAUAAGUCCAUUGGAAAUUUAGAAAAAUGGUUUUGGAAUUAAUUUUUUUCUUUGUGUGCACUUUUUGAAGUAUCUGAAAGAAUCCUUAGUCCAAGUGGAGAGUAAAUCAAAAGAGAAGAAAAGAAAAGAAAACCUUAUGUCAUGGUUUAUCAGCUAUCCUCUCUUGGCUGUCCUAUUUAUAUUUUGCAAGAAAUUUUAAAAGAUCAUCAGCAGCAGUCAUCAAUACUCAGUUUUAAAUUAUAAUG